AUGAGGAUUGCUGUCCACCUCUUUUCCGUUCUCUUCUUUAUGAGCCAAGUCCCACCAGCUGUGGGCAAAUUCAAGGAGGUCUGUGAGCGUCCCAAUGGCUCCUGCCAGAACUUCUGCAUUGAAACAGAAAUCCACGUCGGGCGAUGUCUCAAUGGCCAGUCAUGCUGCCUGCCCAUGGGGCACCAUCCACAAAUUGACCUCACAACACCCAGUGAGGUGGACUGA